GUUGCUGUUAGUUGACACUUUUACCGAUAAAUGCUGAAUAUAUGUGGCUCGGUUUCUGUUGUCAAAUAGACCUAAAAUGAUCAGCUCUACAACUGGGAAGAAGCGACUUAUGAGCAAAGUAAGAGUAGACUUACAAACACGUUUUACCUGAAAAACGUAAAUAUAAAGCCCUUAUAGUAAAUUAAGCGAUGUUGGGUCAUGUGUUUAUGUGCGUCAUUCAGUCCGUCUUCAAAAGAACAAAAAAACCUCCUAAACCUGGUUUAAUCGCUACAACAACCAUAAUAGCUGCAGUUUUCUUCUUACAUGUUGUUUACGCUAGAAGAAAGAAUACAUUUACCGUUUCGUUGUCGUUUUUGUUCACAUAAAAUUACUACAUGGUGGUAAUUGGUUUAUAAUCAAGAAACAUCCUAAAACCCAGUCCGUACAUCUGAUUUCCUAUUCUCCCGGCGUUCCGCGAAUGUGUCAUACAGCAGGGAUUUGGGGCGCCAGAUUACAGAAGGGCUGUCCUCAGCUGGCACUCUGCUUACCUGCAGAUGUCUGCUGCACUAAGUCUGCGUCUGUUGCACUGCUACUCGAAGAAAGGCACAUUUGGACAUGGUUCUGGUGCUAUGCGCACACUUAGCAUUAGCGCACCGAGAGAGGGCUACAAGUAUGUAAAUGCCCAGGAGCAGCCAACUGACCUGAGGUCCAUCACUGACCGGGCUGCAACAACCCUCUUAUGGACUGAGCUUUUCAGAGGUUUGGCAAUGACCAUGAGCUACCUGUUCCGUGAGCCUGCCACCAUCAACUACCCGUUUGAGAAAGGUCCGCUGUCACCACGGUUUCGUGGCGAGCACGCCCUCCGCCGGUACCCCAAUGGAGAGGAGCGCUGCAUUGCUUGUAAGCUGUGUGAAGCCAUCUGCCCUGCUCAGGCCAUUACCAUUGAAGCUGAGACUCGAGCCGAUGGCAGCAGGAGAACUACGCGUUACGAUAUCGAUAUGACGAAGUGCAUCUAUUGUGGUUUCUGUCAGGAAGCCUGUCCUGUUGACGCCAUUGUUGAGGGGCCAAACUUUGAAUAUGCUACAGAGACUCAUGAGGAGCUGCUGUACAACAAAGAGAAGCUGCUCAACAAUGGAGACCGAUGGGAGGCUGAGAUAGCAGCCAACAUACAGGCUGAUUAUCUUUACAGAUGAAUUGCGUACAUCAGUAACAAACAUUUCAACAUAUAUAUGCAAUAAAAGAAAUAGCUACAUGUAGCCUUACUGAUGCAAAAGUGAAUUAGGGGUAAGCACUGAAGCCAUGCUGCAGAUACGCACAAAAUUAUUCACUGCUAGGUGAAAAAUAUCAUGUUAUUUUACUGACCUACUUUUAGCUGUGACUAUGGCUCAUAAUUUUUAAUGUAUCAAUGAGCUUAUAACAAACUAUUCUCCAACAAAGUGGCAGUUUUAAGACAUUACAUGGAGGAUGGUAACUGUGGGAUAAAGUCUUUUGGACAUUUCUUGCCAGAGCUAAGUUUUUAUGGAAAAAAUGUCAGUUAACGCAUUUGGGGUGUCAGCUUGCCUUUUAUAACUGAUCCACGCUAUUUAUGAUGAAUUCAUCAUCUUACCCACUCCUCUUCUUAAUAUAAUGCUUUCAUCACUCUGAAUCAGGGUCAAGUUGGACUCAUUAAACCACGUGAAUUGAUGCCAUUGUUUCAGAUUAUAAUCCUGCUUUCUAUUAAGCUGACGUAAGCCGUUUUCCACUGUUAACUUUAUUGAAUGUUUUUUAUUCCUUGCGGCUGUUUAUACAAGCUGUUUAGUUCAAUUAAUUGGAGCAGUAUCCACAUUUACGUUUAACUUGACGUAAAGAAUGCAAAUUCUUUACUUAAUUGUUAAUUAAUUGGUUUAUUGCAUUUAUUUAAAUAUCUAUUUAUUUAUUAAGCAUGUCACAGUUUAUCAGCAUCUUACCAGACUCUUAUAAUGAAUUGGACAUUCCUUAUCCCAAGGGUUUAAGGCUGUUGAUAGUGCAGGCCCUGAUUCCAUGGGCAACCUUUGGAAUAAUUUUGCAUGGCCCUCAAUCACACUUCAAGAGUAGCACCACUGGUACUAACACAAGCAAGUGAUGCGGACGGACACUUUCAAAACUUGUUUAUGGCGAGAUCUACGCUGACAAGUUCAAAUCUUUUUAAAAUGGAAAAGUUAAAUAAAAACUCUAUGUUUGUGUUUUAUUUACACUGCCUUUUGCUUUAAUUUUAGUCACAUACUACACAGGACCACAAACAUCCUGCUUACUCAUAGCAGGUUGGGGGCCUGCUAUUCAUUAAAUCUGGCUAAGUAGAUCAAGCAUUUUUGAGAAAAAGAGUGAACCUUAUACUACUUUUUUCUAAGCGAAGAAAAUAGAAAACAGUUGACUGCACAAAGUUAGUACAUCAGAUGCCUUCCCAUCAAGAAUCAGAUUAUUUUGUUUCAUUAAAAUAUUGCAAGUUAGUUUGUGAAAAACAUAUAUUUCUGUUUUUACUUGUUAAAUGACCAGUUUCUUGUGUUUUUAAUUAAAGACAGGUUGACAAUAUUGGGCCAAGUGUCAAAUAACUUGGAUACCCCUGGUUUAAGAACCCCUCCUUUUUAUUUCUUUGAUGCAAAACAGAAGUGGGACAUUUUUGUAGUUUGAUUUUAGUGCAAAGUUCUUACUUUUACCCCCAUUAAUACAUUAUUUUUGGCCUAGCAGUGUUGUGUUUUUAAACUGUUUUAUGUCAAAUUUUGCACAGUCUUUAUAGAGCAAUUACUGUGACACGGUGAUAUAUAUUUUUUGAUUGUAUAACUUAAACUUAUGUCAGUAAUUAUAAAGUAUUAAAGCUUUUUAGUCCACUGGAAUAAAGCAGAUAUUAAACCACGA